UGAAAGAGAUAUAGCAUUUACCCCAAUUUUUCUAACUCAUUUCAAUUAUCAACUAAUCAAAAUCCUAAGCCCAGCGAACCGUUCACCUCCUUCAUUGUGGGUGUGCCCAUCAAUAAUUCACUAUUAACAAAGCCUAAAUGGAAACCAGUCCAAUAUCCCAUAAGCUUCACAUCUUCUUCUUACCCUUGAUGAUCCAAGGCCACACCAUACCAAUCAUAAACAUGGCCAAACUCUUCGCUUUGCGGGGUCUAAAAUCAACCAUCGCCACGACCUCCGCAAAUGCGCGACUCCACUCAAAAACAAUCCGAAACAGCCAAAACAUGGGACUGGAUAUUAGUCUUCUUGUCAUCAAAUUUCCGGAUAUGGAACAAACUGCAUCUCGUGAAGCCAGCAGUUCCACGAGAGAUACGCUGCGGAAAUUCAUCGAAUCCACCGCGGCGCUCGAUGAACAGCUCGAGCAGCUGCUCAAGGAACACCGUCCGGAUUGCCUUGUGGCAGACGCGUUCUUCACUUGGGCUACGGAUGUGGCGGCGAAGUUCAAGAUUCCUAGAGUUGUCUUCCAUGGCACCGGGUUUUUCCCUCUGUGCGCUAUAAUGAGCGUGUUAAUGCAUGAGCCUCACGAGAAGGUGGAGUCAGAUUCAGAGCCUUUCACAAUUCCAAAUCUCCCGGACGAGGUAAGGUUGUCGCGGAAGCAACUGCCGCCUUAUGUCAAGCAAAACGCCGAAUCGCCGUUUACUAAGUCAUACAGAGAAGCGAAAGAGGCUGAGCUGAAGUGCUUUGGGGUGGUUGUGAACAGCUUCUACGAGCUUGAACGGGACUAUGCUGAUCAUUACAGGAGGGUUCUUGGAAGGAAGGCGUGGCAUAUAGGUCCGGUUUCGCUAUGCGAUAAAAUCAAAGCAAAAGAAAAAAUCGGAAUUGAUCAAGCUGCCUCCAUUGACGACUAUGAAUGCUUGAAGUGGCUUAACUCGAAGAGACCCAACUCCGUUGUUUAUGUAUGUUUUGGAAGCAUGGCAAGCUUUGGCGAUGCGCAAUUAACAGAGAUUGCGAUGGGACUCGAGACUUCGGGGAAGCAAUUCAUUUGGGUUGUGAAGAAUGAGAAGAAGCAAGAAGGGGUGGGGAGAGAAGAGUGGUUGCCGCAAGGAUUUGAAGAGAGAAUUGAAGGGAAAGGACUAAUUAUAAGAGGUUGGGCACCACAAGGGAUGAUUCUCGAACAUGAGGCGAUCGGAGGAUUCGUGACACACUGUGGUUGGAACUCGUUGCUGGAAGCGGUGUGUGCCGGGGUGCCAAUGUUGACAUGGCCGAUGUUUUCCGAGCAGUUUUACAAUGAGAAGUUUGUUACUGAAAUACUUGGGAUCGGGGUUGGGGUUGGAGCUCAAGAAUGGGCACUUGUAGUGGAGGAUAGUGCAGUGAAGCGGGAAGCCAUAGAAAAUGGGGUGAAAAGGAUUAUGGAUGGAGAAGAAGCAGAGAAAAUGAGAAGCAGAGCCAGUGUGCUUAGCGAAAUGGCGAGCCGGGCUUUUGAAGAAGGUGGAUCUUCUUACUCCAAUUUCGAUGCCUUUAUUAAAGAACUGAGGCUGCAUAGAGUAGAACCGCUUGAGAACUAGUUGCUUUAGCUGUCCUACCAAUGUAAAGAAGUCCUUGUUUUGGAACCAAUAAUGGAGAGUAGUUUGGGACUCUUUAGGAUAACAUAUAGUUCUAACAAUGAAACUGAGAUUGAAGUUUUUGCUUCAGUCUUAACCAAUGCUGAAAUCCAUAAACAAGCUUUAUCUUACUAGUUUGAAACUAAUAUACGUAAAUUGUAAAACUUUAAAACUACUGCCGAAAAGGAAAGCAAAAUGAGAAAG